AUUAGGCCUACUUUUGUUUUUUGAUUUUCAUUUUCUGAAAUCUUCUCGGGAACUGAGUUUCCUCUUAUCGUUUCUAGCAGAGGCGAAUCAUCUGGAAUUGAAUAAUUGUUAACUCUUUUAAGACGUAAACAGACAACUUUACGUAUUUAUCUGUCGUUUAUUGACCAAACAUAAUUUUUUUCUUAUUUAAGCGAUUGGCGAGCAAUUUUAGUUUCGUUAGACUACGUUUACGCAACUAAAAGCUUAAGUAUAACGGCGGAAGUAUACCACUGUCUUCUCAUUGGGUAACAACCCGGAAGUUGGAAGGAAAACGGCGGCGGCGCGAAAAUGGAAUGAAGGAGCUGCUUUUUCCAGUGUUGACUUGUGAAGCUUGUCUGAUUACACGUCUUUGACAAGCCUAUCGUGUUCUUUUUCGGCCAUGUGUGAAAACAUCAAUAAGGUCAACAGCUGGCUAUGCGCUGCGUUCGGGGACCAGGCAGUGCCCCAGUAUGAGGUCAACUCAAGAACAGUGGACAUUCUGUACCAGCUGGCCCAGGCAAGCGAGACCCGCUGCAGUGACACAAAGCUGCUGAUAGAAGACCUCAACCAGAAAGCAGCAGAGUACCAGGCUGAGGGUGCUCAUCUCCAGGAUGUUCUUCUACAAGGCGUCGGCCUGUCCUACGCGAGCUUGCCCAAGUCCUGUGAGGUCUACUUGUCUGCUCUAGUGGACAGCGCCAUGGUGCUGGGGGUCAGAGACACGUCGCUGUGCAGCUUCAUGCCCGCACUGAAUCGACUCACUGAUGAGCUUCUGGAUGCGGAGAAGUCUAAGAGGAAAGUGGACCGGAAGGUUGUGGCCAUGCGACAGAGGCUAAGCGCCACUCUGGUGCUGCGCAGCAAAUUGCAGGAGGAUCUCAACAAAAUUGCUGAGAGUCAAGCGGUGGAAAGCGCCAAAGCUGAGGAGAGACUACUCAGCAUGGACUUUGUGAAGGCAAAGGCUAAAGAGCUCCGCACCAGACGGGAGAGGCAAGAGGCUCAGCUUGCCUCCAGGAACAUGGACAAGUCGCUGACUCACGAAGCUUUGGUCGAACUCUCAGAGGAAGUGACCACACUGAAACAAGAAAUGAUGCCCUUGAAAAAGAAGCUGGAGCCUUACAUGGACCUCAGCCCGAACCCAUCUCUUGCUCAAGUUAAAAUAGAAGAAGCAAAAAGAGAACUGGCGGCACUCGACUCCAAACUGGAGAUGAACAUGACUUUCAAGCGAGCCAUGGGCCACGGACCGGAUCUGUUUUACCUGACUUUACUGCUGUGGACGAGACGAGGGAAUGGACUGGCUGACUUCUCAAACUACCUGUCCAGGAUCCUGAGUAGUCAUUCUGUCUAUGCCUGCGAUGGUCAUCCUCUCAGACUUCACUGUCCUCGUCACUCCACCAUCUCCAUCCACAACGCCUUCUACGGGAGCGGCCUGCUGGCCCGGGGGUGCCCAGCAGAACAUCCCCCUGUCGUGGUGGCCCGGGACCGCAGCUGCUCGUCUUUGACGGUCCUGCAGAAGUUGCUGUCAGAGUGUCAGAACCACAGAGACUGUCAGCUGUAUGUCAACCACCUGCUCUUUGGACCGGACCCCUGUCCCGGUACCAGAAAGUACCUCCAUGUGGACUACAUGUGUAAACCAACUGAGCACAAAAGGCGAGUGGCGUGUGAGGGCGAGGCCAUGGUGCUACGCUGUAAGCCCCCCCGGGUGCUGAACAUUUAUGCAGCUGUCUAUGGGAGAGGUCUACACCAGGCUGACACCUGCCCCUCAAUCCUGAGCCCAGACCCCCCAUUUGACUGCCUGAGCUAUGACGCCGUACAGGUGCUGAACAAGCGCUGCUACAGCAAACAAAGGUGUGCUGUCACUGUUAGCAACAAGACCUUUAAGGACCCCUGCUCCCCAGGAACCAGGAAGUACCUCAGUGUGCUCUUUUCUUGCGUGCCCUGGACUUUACUGAGGGAGGUGGACCCCAAUAUUCUCAUCACCACUUCGUCACCAACAGCAAGCACAGAAAAAGGUUUUCCUGUCGAUGUGGACAUACCGCAUUCCAGAGGCAAGGACAACCCAGGAGCGAUGAUGAGCACCUCCCUCGUCACCUUCACCUUCAUUAAAGGUCUGUUCAAAGAAUAUUGCCAUUGCGUCAACAGACCGGCAUCUUUUUAUUUACUCGCCAAUCCAGAGCAUCGCGACAUGGCGGCGCUGCUCUUCACUUCCAGCGUCUGCGUGGGCCUCGUGGUCACGCUGCUCGCCGUGUCAGUCCGAGUGACCUGCGGGGGGCGCCGCCACAUGGGCCGCAGGCUCCAGGAGGAUGAAGAUGGAGAAGAGGAGGAAGAUGAUGAUGAUGAUAAUACAGAGGGAAGCUCUUUAGUGGAGAGGAAGGCCGUCUACUACGACUGGGAGGACGUGACGUAUGUGAGUGAGGCGGCGGAGAGGGCGGAGAGGAUUGAACGCAGAGAGAUGAUCGUGCAGGAAAUUUGGAUGAACGCUUACUUAAACGGAGGCUCCUGUUUAUGAAGCCGCCAUCUUGCAUGCUCAAGAAGCGUCACCAUCAAAGAUUUUAGCCGCCUAUGGAAGGCUUACUCUCUUCACUCUUUGAAUGUAACCGUUUUUAUGCAUUUUGUAUACACACCUGUUUUAUUUAUUUACAUAUAUUGCCAGAUGAAGCUACAAGAUAAGGUGGAACAGUCGUUUAAGGCUGCAAAAACUGAACAUGAGUAUUUUGCUGUUCGCCCUCUCGUGGCAGCUAUUGUAAUUACAGCUGCAAAAAAUGAUUACUGUCCCUUAAACAGGGAGAUUUAUUGCAAAGAGGAAUGCAUUAUUCACUCAGAAAUUAAGAAGAAUGUUGGAAAAAAUGCUUCACCAUGUUGCAGAGCCGUACCUUUAUCUUGAUCUGCACCAAAAUUCUCUGGUUCCGUUAACACUGAUAAAACCUCCAUUGGCCAAGAAUAGGAAUUUACCGUAAAUGUCGACCAGCCGAGAGGCUUUCAUUGUGUCGCUCUCUCCAGUGAGCGCAUCAGGUUUCCGAGUGGGAACUUCCUGUGCCCACACUCGGAGAUGUGAGACAAAGAGAGGAAAGGUGUAGCAUCCUUGCUGCUGCACUCAGUGGCAGCUUUUUUUUUUGACAAUGUUUUUUGGUUUUUAUUUUCAAUGCAGGGACCAGAUGUUUGCAAUAAAACCCGGUUUAUUAAAUGAGGCCAGAGUGUGACAUCACACUUCAGUUCAAAAGUGUUUGUAUUUUCCAAUGGUUGAAAUCUUUCUGAGUGCAGCAGGAAAUGUUCUUUAAAAAGGAGGAAAUAAGAUCAUCUCUUACUUCAUUCUUCAGGGAUUACGUGAGGGGAAAAAAGAUAUUAUCUGGGCCCCCAUUUAAUGUUGGUGAGGCCUUGAAACUGUCUUUUGAGGGCCUGUCUGUCGGACCACUCUGAGUCCAGGUAGGUGUCGUCGUCGGCCUCUUCUAAUUUCUAUCAAAAGGGAUAGAACGGCGUUAAAAAUACGAGUGAUCUGCGACAGUUUGCGGGUGUUUUUCCUCACCUUGAGCUCCUCCUGCCUCCUGUAGUAAUGCAGCAUCAUCUGCUUAUGCUGCUCAUCGCUCACCAGAGGCUCUCUAGCUGGCGCCCCCUGUCCUUUCUGCAGGGAAUUGCAGCAUGUCAAGCUUAAACUCAUCUUUAUUUAUGAGAAUAACCUAGUCUCACCUUUUGGAUUUUGACCACAAGCUUGGUCUUGUCAUUCUUGCCGAUGUAGUCCUGC